AUGGCUGCCUUGUUACUGAAGUCUUAUGGAAGAUUCGUCCUGAACUGUCUCAAGCGUGUUUCGAAUAGCAGUAGGUUCGCGAUAGCAGCUGAUUUCCACUUCACGGCAAUUAAUUUAGCUAAAUGCGUCAACAAACCAGCUUAUCAGACACGGUUGGCACUACCUCUCGAUUACGACACGGUAGUAGACUUCAUGUGCGAGGAAUAUUACAAGAUGGAACCGACAAUCGUCAACAUAGGUUUAGGAAACACAGAGGCACCACCUGUGAUGCGGGCGUUGCUCUACGAGCAAGUAAAAGCCGGAUUGAGCAUUAUCGCCGAGGAUCGAGAGAACUGCAUAAUUGGCGCGGCUUUGAAUUACGUCACGGGCAUGAACGAGGGAAAGAGACUGUACGAGAUCGCGAAAUGUUGCGAGUGUGGCCCUAUGCGCGAUGUCGUCGAGUUUUGGGCGUUCAUAGCAGACGCGCCUCGGAUCUGGGAACGUUAUUGCAUCGCGAGAAUCUUCGAACAGGCUACCUUGUGCGUCAGUAAGGACUAUCAACAGUUAGGCAUCGCCACAAGAUUGGUCCAGGAGAGUUGGGUGUUGGCUCGUGACUGCGGUUACAGGUUGUUCCGCAUAGACUGCAUGAGCUCGUACACUGCUAACAUUGCGCGAGGUUUCGGAUGGCCGAUGCUUUUCGACAUACCAUUUAGUCAGUACGUGAAGAACGGCGAGGUGUUGUUCAAAUGUGUAAAGGAGCCGCACACAGUAUGCCGUGUGUUCGUCGAUCACUUGCAGUAUUGUAAAACUUACUGCCCGCCUUAUAAAAAGUGUACAACUGUCACCGCCCCCCCAACAGACGUUAAACCGAAGAAAGACAUAAAAUAA